CCCCCCCCCGUUCGAAAUUAUUACUUUGGCCGCAAUGGGGUCCGGAAAAUGGUGUGUGACGUCAUGAUUUGGUGGUCGCCCGUGACGUAGACUCCUGAAGCAAGUCGCCUUCCAGCUUCAACAUGUAUUCAGAAAUGUUGCCCAGUGAAAGUCAGUCAAGCUUGCCAUACCAGAUCCUGCUUUACCUGAAUGGUUGGUAUUUAGCAUUCUUCAUGAUUGUGGAGAUGUUAAUAUAUGUAUUCAAGACAUUUGUGCUACCCUACCCCCCAGGAAACAUUGUCGCUGAGGUGUUUCUUCUUGUUUUCUUUGGCAGCAUAGAUGCUGUCAGAAUAUUCAUGGGGAAGAAAGGAAAUCUUACAGAAAGAAUAAUAUCAUUAUUAAUAUCAAUAAUAUUCACAGCUCCUUCUGUCCUUGCCAUGCUUUACCUGCUAUUAUGGCAAACAUAUGUACUUAAAAUAGAAAUUAUAUUGAUAUCUAUUACAAUUAUAUUUGAGGGUAUUGAACUUGUAUUUGCAUUGUUAACAGUUGUUGCUAUUAGUAAAUCAGGGUGAUUGAUGUUUCUUUACUUCUGUAUUAUUAACCAGUACUACAAUAUUCUGUACUUGUUAAUAUUAAUAAACACCAUGUGAUAUAUUGUU